AUGAAGACUCUAACUUGGCACCCUUGGCGAAGCGCCUUACUUGGCGUGGGUGCAAUAACCACACAUUGGAAGACACGCAUCGCUCUAUUGGACGCUCCAUCAGCCAAAAUCCAGGAGACCAGUCUAGGCAAAACCAACUACUGCCUCGAUACCAUGCUGUUCAGUCAUCGCACUGACCCGGCCUCAUCAUACCAAAGACCUUGUUCUCACCUGGUAGUGCUGAGUGACCCUGAGACUGUGGUGGAUCAUUGGGGCGGAGGCCGCAGCGGACUAGACAGGGUCCGGACCAUGAUCUUCAGCCCUGAUGGAACUAAGCUGGCGACUGCCACAGCGGACGAAGAUCUAAUAAUCUGGAACUUUCUACCAGAAGACAAGCAAAAGAAGAAGACGAAUCGCAGAAAAUUCUCUGCUAUGCCAGUUUAUUUGGACGAAGCCAUGCACGGUUACUCUUUGAGAUAA